UACUGAAACUCUCUCAGUGGCGCUGGUGGUGGUGGCUGCAAUGGAGGAAAGCAAGAGAAGCUUCAAUGGCGAGCACGUGCAGGACACGUGCAAGUCAUCAUGUCUCGGCGAGAGAUGCAGCCAUCUGGCGAAGAAGCAGCGGGCCAGAUUCUACAUCAUCCGGCGCUGCAUUGCAAUGCUGGUGUGCUGGCACGAGCGCGGUGAUCCUUAAGAAAACAAUAUCCAUGUUUUGA